CGUGUGGAGCAAUGUCUACCGAGGUGAGUAAAAUAUUACACAGUAUCAUAGAACAUUGACAUGUACAUUUUGUAUUGUGUUAUCACCCAUAAGCUGUAACGGGUUGUACGGAUGAAGCUAGCAAACGUUACUGCUUAUUCUUAUAGCCCCCAAUGGAACUGUGAGAAAUAUUUUCUCCCGUCGAGAAUGCAACGUUAGCUUUGUCUGCACGACGAUAACGUUAGCUAAACUUGGCAAUUACAAUGACUGUGUUUAACAUUUUAUUAUUGAACAAGUGUAGAUCAGAAAGGAGUUAGUUGACCUAAGUAUAAACAAUGCACGACCAUUCAUUUUCCUUAACUGGGUCAUUAAAAGUUAGCGUAAUAAAUUAGCUCCUGACAGACUACAUGAGACGCUGACAAUGUUUCAUCAAAUGACAACAUUACAGGAUUCAACUUCGACUUCGGCCUCGUCUGAAUUCACCCCUCAGGCGAUAGGAAGUGCGAGAGCUAAACCUACAAGGCCAAGGGCACCGAGGAGGGGCACAAGACAGAAGGACCUCGAACCUGAUGUCCAGAGCAGGCUGAGGGAACUGCGGGAGAAAAGGACUGCUGAGACAAAGGAGAGAAUUCAUUCUCUGGAGCCUGGCCAGAAGGACGUACUCCUUGAGAAAGUACUCUCUAGACUACCAGGGUUGAUGUUUGACCUGUUAUCCUUGACGGAGGUAGCCCAGCAACCAGACCCUGACCAAGGAGGACUUCACUGGUGCGUGUGUGACCAUUGCCGGGAUAUGGCAACGGACAUCGAGAAGGUCUGCUGUCGCCAACCCCCCGAGCAUUGCAUCAGUGAGAUGGCAUACAUGGCAUACUAUGUCUUAGACGAGGGGGUGUUGCGCCUGGCCCGUAGAGCUUGGAAUGACAUUUUUGCCAUAAAUGAUCACCAGGAGCCAGGGGAGGAGCAGCGACAGUAUAGACAUUCAGCCUACCGCCAGUUUGUGCUGUGGCAGUAUGGCCGCCUUGGAAUAGGGAACAGGGUGGUCAUCCCAAGCGGUUGCGUGUGGAAGAUUAGAGACUCCUUUCCUGACCCAAGGGGUCAGUACACAGGCCCCGUCAUGUGA